GAGGGGCCCAGCCAUUUUGGCUGAGCAUCGGAAGAAAAAAUAAAAAGAAGAAAACUAGCUGUACAUGAACUAAGUCGCCAUGAGCCAAUGCCUAGUGGACGCUGGCACCCACAGGGAGGCUAAGCCACUGCCUUCUCUCUAGAGAUGAAGCCAUUAGCCCACUUAGUUUAUCCCUUGGACAAAAAAGUGCCUGUGGUAGGCCAGAUGCGCCUGACUGUUCCUUCAUAAGGAGCUUUAGCUAAGAGGGGAAGGAAGCCCUGGGAGAGGUAGGAAACAAAAACUCGGGUUUUUUGUUUUGUUUUAUUAUUUUGGGGGGAGCAGGGGAGGGGGAGGUUAGUUUUGUUUUGUUUUGUUUUUUUGAGGUAGGGAUCUCCUGUCAGCCAGGCUGGCCUUGAACUCCUGAUCCUCUUGCUCCCCAUCCCAAAGGGUGGGAUUAAGGCUUUUGCCCCCACACCUGGUGCCAAGGGCCCUCUGGCUGGCCCCUCACGGGGGCGCCUGGCAUAGCCUGCCUCCUCUAGGUCCAGUAGCUCUGGGAGAGAGACCCUCCUGGUUCGAGCUGGCUGAGCACUGCGCCUCCUCAGGCCUCCAGAGGAGCUAAGCCUGUCUUGGGCCGCAGGGAGGGACUAAGUUGAACUCGAAGGCUGAGGUCAGACCCCCACCCUCCCCCCUCGCCUCAGCAGAUGGCAAAGACAGCGUUCCUUAUUGCUCCCACCCUUAGGUCCUAAAGGGUGGACCAGUCUUCUCCUCCACUCCGCUGGCGCUGUGCCGAGACAACCCUUCAGUCUCCCGGCUAUCUGGAGGGGUAACCACGAUGCUUCUUCCUCCUCAGAGUACCCUCCGUGCCCAGAUGCCAGAGUAGCUAUCCUGUCCCCUGUCCCCUAGCCCGGGGACAGUCAAGGGAAGAGCAAUGGAGACCUGGCUGGGCAGGCUCUGGCUGUGUGUGAUGCCGCUGCUGCCUCUCCUUCAGCUCGGCCGGCAUCAGGAGCUGUUUGGACCUUCUCUUCAGACACCAUCAGAGGAGGGCCAGGCCCCUGAGGGCCUCUGGGGACAUUGGGGCCGGUGGGCCCCCUGCUCCCAGCCUUGUGGGGUGGGGGUGCAGCGAAGGAGCCGAACUUGUGACCUGCACCCAAGCCUAUCCCUCCCUCCCCGACCCCCAAGACAUCCAGAAGCCCUCCGGCCCAGACCCCAGACUCCCCGGGACCCCCAGUCCCUGUACAGGCCACAGCCUCGGGGAAGGGGUGUUCCUCUUCAAGGUCCUGCUUCCCAGCUGGGGAGAGAGAAGCCUGAAGGGACUCCAGGGGCCCAGAGGUCCCGGGUUCGAGACCCGAUCAAGCCAGGGAUGUUUGGUUAUGGGAGAGUGCCUUUUGCCUUGCCACUGCACCGGAGCCGCAGGCACCCCCGCAGACCUGAGCAACCCAAGAACUCCUCUACAGGGGAUGAGACCCUUCCAUCCCGGCCUCCAAGCACAGAGCAGGCCUCUGCAAACCACAGCCCUCACACGCCGCUUCCUGAACUGCAUAUCGACCCCCACUCUCCCCCCGCUGAAACCCCAGGGCCUGGAAGUGCUCAGACGGAGGUGUCCCCCAGAAGCAGUCCUGCUCCCUCUGACACAGAGAUCCCCUCACCCACAUCCUCCUUUGGAGACAGUAGGUCUUCCCAGGGAUCCCCUGGGCCACGAAUGCCAACCUCCUCUCGCAGUUGGAACAGUCCCCAGGGAGCAGGGCGACGCCCUCAUCCUUUACCGUCUGUGCCUCGGAGUGGAGGCCAGCAGAGCAGGGGGCACUGGAGACCCCGAGGGAGUUCUCACAGGUCCCCAGAUGGCUGGCUGCCCCUGACAAGAGACUCCAGCCCCCUCUGGAGCCUUUUUGCUCCCAGUAGCCCUGUUCCAAAGUGUUCUGGAGAAAGUGAGCAGAUGAGAGCCUGUAGCCAAGAGCCUUGCCCCCCUGAGCAGCCAGACCCCCGGGCCCUGCAGUGUGCCGCCUUUGACUCCCAGGAAUUCAUGGGCCAGCUGUACCAGUGGGAGCCCUUCACUGAAGUUCAGGGUUCCCAGCGCUGUGAGCUGAACUGCCGUCCCCGUGGCUUCCGGUUCUAUGUCCGUCACACCGAAAAGGUCCAGGAUGGGACCCUGUGUCAGCCUGGAUCCCUAGACAUUUGUGUGGCAGGACGCUGCCUGAGCCCCGGCUGUGAUGGGAUCCUUGGCUCUGGCAGGCGUCCGGAUGGCUGUGGGGUCUGUGGCGGUGACGGCUCUGCCUGUCAGCUCGUUUCGGGAAACCUCACGGAGCGAGGGGGCCCCUUGGGCUAUCAGAAGAUACUGUGGAUCCCUGCGGGAGCCUCCCGCCUUCAGAUUUCCCAGCUCCGACCCAGUUCCAAUUACCUGGCACUUCGAGGGCCUGGGGGCCGCUCCAUUAUCAACGGAAACUGGGCAGUGGACCCCCCCGGGUCCUAUUCGGCCGUCGGGACUGUCUUCCAGUACAGCCGUCCUCCUCGGGAGGAAGGCAAGGGGGAGAGCAUGGCAGCCGAGGGCCCCACCACCGAGCCUGUGGAUGUCUAUAUGAUCUUUCAAGAGGACAAUCCCGGGGUUUUUUACCAGUACGUCAUCGCUUCCCCUCCUGCCGUCCUAGAGAGUCCCUCCACGAAGCCUCCAGCCCUUCAACUUCAGCCGGAGAUGCUGAAGGGGGAGCCCCUGCGUGCUUCAGCUCCCCGCCCAGUUCGGGCGCCAGGCACCCUCCAGCGUCAGGUUCGAAUUCCCCAAGUGCCUGCUCUGACUCAUGCCAGGACAUCCCUGGGGUCUGCAGCCGGAUACUGGAAGCAAGUGGGGCACUCGGAAUGUUCAGCAUCCUGCGGCAAAGGUGUCUGGCGCCCCCUUUUCCUCUGCAUUUCCCGUGAGUCAGGAGAGGAGCUGGAUGAACAGAGCUGUGCCCUGGGUGCCAGGCCCCCAGCUUCCCCUGAACCCUGCCAUGGGCCCCCGUGUCCCCCAUACUGGGAGGCUGGUGAGUGGACGUCUUGCAGCCGAUCCUGCGGCCCUGGCACCCAGCACCGCCAGCUGCUCUGCAGACAAGAAUUUGGAGGCGGUGGCUCCUCUGUGCCCCCAGAGCGUUGUGGACAUCUCCCCCGGCCCAACAUCACUCAGGCUUGUCAACUGCACCUCUGUGGCCACUGGGAAAUUAGCUCCCCCUGGAGCCAGUGCUCUGUGCGUUGUGGCCGUGGUCAGAGGAGCCGGCAAGUUCGGUGUGUUGGAAACAAUGGUGAUGAAGUGAGCAGGCAGGAGUGUGCUUCAGGGCCCCCCCCACCCCCCAGCAGAGAGGCCUGUGACAUGGGACCCUGUACCACAGCCUGGUUCUACAGCGACUGGAGUUCCAAGUGCUCAGCCGAGUGCGGGACAGGAAUCCAGAGACGCUCUGUGGUCUGCCUUAGGAGUGGGGAGACCCUCCAGGGGGACCAGGAAGCAGAAGCAGGAAGCCUGGAGCAGGGCUGCCCACUCAGAAGCCGUCCUCCCGACAUGCGUGCCUGCAGCUUAGGGCCCUGCGAGAGGACAUGGCGCUGGUACACCGGGCCCUGGAGUGAGUGUUCCUCAGAGUGUGGGUCUGGCACACAGCACAGAGACAUCAUCUGUGUGUCCAAACUAGGAGCCGAGUUCAACGUGACUUCUCCCAGUAACUGCUCCCACCUCCCCAGGCCCCCGGCCCUGCAGCCCUGUCAGGGGCAGGCCUGUGAAGACCGAUGGUUUUCUACCCUCUGGAGUGCGUGUUCUCGCUCCUGCCAGGGAGGCAUGCAGACAAGGGAAGUCCAGUGCCUGAGUGCCAACCAGACUCUCAGCAGCCGAUGCCCUCCUCACCUGCGACCUUCCAGGAAGCGGUCCUGUAACAGCCAACCCUGCAACCAGCGCCCUGAUGACCAAUGCAAGGACAGCUCUCCACAUUGCCCCCUGGUGGUACAGGCCCGGCUCUGCGUCUACCCCUACUACACAGCCACCUGCUGCCGCUCUUGUGCCCACGUCCUGGAGCGGUCCCAGCUGGAGCCUGCUUGAAAUGGGUCCAAGAGAUCCUU